GUUCAGCUCUCUUCCUCUCCUGGGAUUCAACACAAAGACCACCUGGUAAAAUUUCUUCAUCUGGGUUUGUUUUUAUUUGGUGUAAUCAAUAAUACCCAUUUAGGGUUUCUUGUUUGCUCAUCUUCUAGGGUUUCUUUUUGUUGAAAUUGUUUUGAUGAUUUUGGUAAGUGUUUAAGUUGGUAUUCCUAUCUGGAAAUGGUAUCAAAAUCAUAUUCAAACUUACUAAAUCUCGUCUCCGGCGAACAUCCGUCGCCGUCCUUUAUCCAAACCCCUCGAAUUAUGACUGUUUCCGAUGAUGAGAGUGUAUCAUCAUCGUCGUCGUCGUCGUCGUCCAUUCAACAUGAUCGUUUGAUCAUAGUAGCUAAUCAGUUACCAAUUCGAGGUCACCGGAAAGCCAGUGGUGGGUGGAGUUUCAGUCUGGAUGAGAAUUCACUUCUUCUUCAGCUGAAAGACGGUUUAGGAGACGAUGAUGAAAUGGAUGUGAUCUACGUAGGUGGAUUGAAAGAAGAGAUUCAUCCAAACGAACAAGAUGAGGUUUCACAAACCCUUUUGGAAUCAUUCAAAUGUGUACCCACCUUUUUCCCACCUGGAUUGUAUACCAGAUUCUAUCAUGGCUUUUGUAAGCAACAUUUGUGGCCAUUGUUUCAUUACAUGUUGCCAUUAACACCCGAUUUAGGCGGCCGUUUUAACCGAUCUUUAUGGCAAGCUUACGUCUCCGUUAACAAGAUUUUCGCCGAUAGAAUCAUGGAGGUCAUAAAUCCAGAACAGGAUUUCGUCUGGAUUCAUGAUUAUCAUCUCAUGGUUUUACCCACCUUCUUGAGGAAGAGGUUCAAUCGGGUUAAGCUCGGCUUUUUCUUGCACAGCCCGUUCCCAUCCUCCGAGAUUUACAACACUUUACCCAUCAGAGAGGAGCUUCUUAGAGCUCUGUUGAAUUCGGAUUUGAUUGGUUUCCAUACUUUCGAUUAUGCCCGCCAUUUUCUAUCUUGUUGUAGUCGAAUGUUAGGGCUUUCGUAUGAAUCAAAACGUGGUUAUAUCAGUUUGGAGUACUACGGCCGAACGGUUAGUAUCAAGAUUCUCCCCGUCGGAAUUCAUAUGAAGAGACUUGAGUCUGUUUUAAACCAACCCGAAACAGAAUCAAAAGUUUCCAAACUCAUCAAGCAGUUUCAAGAUCAGGGGAAAAGAAUGUUGUUAGGCGUAGACGAUAUGGACAUAUUUAAAGGCAUUAGCUUGAAGUUACUAGCCAUGGAACAACUCUUGAUUCAGCAUCCUGAGUGGCAGGGAAAGAUUGUUUUGGUCCAGAUUGCAAAUCCGGCUAGGGGAACUGGGAACGACGUGAAGGAAGUGAAGGCCGAGACAUAUUCGACCGUUAAACGAAUCAACGAGACUUUCGGGAAACCAGGGUACGAGCCCGUUAUCUUGAUUGACGAGCCCCUUAAGUUUUACGAGCGGGUAGCAUAUUACGUUGUUGCAGAGUGUUGUUUGGUCACGGCUGUUAGAGACGGUAUGAAUCUUAUGCCGUACGAAUACAUUAUCAGCCGCCAAGGGAACGGAAAACUAGAUAAGGUCUUAGGUUUUGAGCCAUCUAUGUUAAAAAAAAGCAUGCUGGUUGUUUCCGAGUUCAUCGGAUGCUCCCCGUCCCUGAGUGGGGCCAUACGGGUCAACCCGUGGAAUAUUGAUUCGGUAGCGGAUGCAAUGGACUGUGCGUUGGAACUGAGUGAACCUGAGAAGCAAAUGAGACACGAAAAGCAUUAUAGAUACGUGAGUACUCACGAUGUGGGCUACUGGGCUCGUAGCUUUCUACAAGACUUGGAGAGGACUUGUAAAGAUCAUGUGACGAAAAGGUGUUGGGGGAUCGGGUUCGGGUUGAGUUUUAGAGUUGUUGCUUUAGAUCCAAACUUUAGGAAGCUUUUAAUGGAGCAUAUAGUUUCGGCUUAUAAAGGAACUACAACACGAGCGAUUCUUUUAGAUUAUGAUGGCACUUUAAUGCCACAAUCUUCCAUUGAUAAGAGCCCAAGUUCUAAAACAAUAGAAAUGAUCAACACUUUGUGUAGAGAUAAGAACAAUAUGGUUUUUGUUGUGAGUGCAAGAAGCCAAAACACCCUAGAGGAAUGGUUUGCUUCUUGUGAGAAGCUCGGACUUGCAGCAGAGCACGGCUGUUUUCUAAGGUUAAAACGAGAUGAGGAAUGGGAGACAUGUGUGCAUGUCGAAGACUCUGGGUGGAAGCAGAAUGUUCAUCCAGUUAUGACGCUUUAUACCGAGACAACCGAUGGAUCAACUAUCGAAAUGAAAGAUAGGUCCAUGGUGUGGUGUUAUGAAGACGCAGAUCCUGAUUUUGGAUCUUGUCAAGCUAAGGAGCUUCUUGAUCAUCUCGAGAGUGUGCUUGCCAACGAACCAGUUACAGUGAAGAGAGGGCAGAGUAGCGUAGAGGUUAAACCACAGGGUGUAAGCAAAGGACUGGUUGCAAAACGACUGCUUGCCACAUUGCAAGAGAGAGGGAUGACCCCAGAUUUUGUGCUGUGUAUCGGGGACGAUCGAUCGGAUGAAGAUAUGUUUGAGGUGAUUACUAGUUCUGUUGCUUCGGGUAAAUGUAUUGCUCCAAACGCAGAAGUGUUUGCAUGCACAGUUGGUAACAAACCGAGCAAGGCCACGUAUUAUCUUGAUGAUACGGUCGAGAUUGCUAGACUGAUGCAGGGAUUGGCGUCCGUAUCUGAACAAUCUGUGUGAGAAAUAUAUGGUAUGUUCAUUUCCUACUUGUUUAAUUGUAAAUUUCAUAGUAGAUUAAAUACGAGUUACAGAACUGAGGUUCCCUGUUGUUAAAAACUUGUAACUUACUUCAUUUGUACAUAUAUGUUUGUUUUGUGGUUUCGGUUGCUUUCUUCAUGGUAGAAUUGGAUCUUUUUUCUUGGUUCU